CCCGGGUCCUUUGAUCACGCGCCCGCCGGCUCUUCCGGGACCCGGGAGCCAACCCUGGGUGUUCCUGUCGGGGCUGCAGCGGCGGGAGGGAGCCCUGUGGAGGCACCCUCCCGAGGCACCACUGCCCAUGCUGACCACCCAGCCCUCCUGCUGCUGAUGUCAUGAGUAACACCACAGUGCCCAAUGCUCCCCAGGCCAACAGUGACUCCAUGGUGGGCUAUGUGUUGGGGCCUUUCUUCCUCAUCACCCUGGUCGGGGUGGUGGUGGCUGUGGUAAUGUAUGUGCAGAAGAAAAAGCGGGUGGACCGGCUCCGCCAUCACCUGCUACCCAUGUACAGCUAUGACCCUGCUGAGGAGCUGCACGAGGCUGAGCAGGAGCUCCUCUCUGAUGUGGGAGACCCCAAGGUUGUGCAUGGCUGGCAGAGUGGCUACCAGCACAAGCGGAUGCCCUUGCUUGAUGUCAAGACAUGACCUGGUUCCAGGCCCUGACCUCCAACCUUGAGGGUCCUGCAGGCUCCUGUGUCUUCACCCCACCCCACCCCUCCAUCAUCUUGCUCCCUUUAGACCCUCAGCCCUUUGUGGGCUGACCCCACCCACCCCCAGGCACUGACAGAUCUCAUUUUGGGGGUACAGUGGCUGGGAACAGCUUUGCUUUCUCUAACCUGCCUGAACUGGGCCCUGGCACAAACCCCCAGGAGGGAUUUGGAAUUGUUUCCAUGGUUACAGGACCCACAUGUAUAGUAUUCAGUAUAUAUAUUUUGUAAAUAAAAUGU